UCCUGCACGUCUCGAUACCAAGUUGAGCGCAUAGCUUCGACGUGAUGAAGUGUGCCACAGUUGUCCCUCAUCUCUGAGGCUGUACGACGUCGGGUGCCCCAUCACAGGGACGUACCGAUGGGCAGGAAGCGUCCAAGUCGCCCCGGCGCUCGACCACUGGCAGUGAAAGAUAGGGGCGGUGCCUCAGGUCGUCAACUUGAACUCCAGAGACCUCGUUCAUAUUGCAUCGGUGCGUCUCUCUGGACGCGUGCCCGGGCCACUUUCAGGCUAGAUCAUCUCGUUAGACAUGAGGUUAGGAACACCCUUGUGCCUACCGCGUACUGAAGGACGCGUGAUUCAGUACCUGUUGGGCAGGCCGCGCGAGACCGCCCACGCUGAUAGCUCAACCAUGGCAGCCUGAGUCUAGAUGUUUUUCUGACGUGCGGAUCGUGUAACGCAG